GGAGGAAUGAUGAAGGAAACAAAAACAUACAGAGAUCUGCGGACGGCCAAAAUUUGAAUCAUCUUAUGAAUUCAAACCAUUGGAUUACAGUUUCGAUUGGAUUAUCUACAAAAUUGAAUUUCAAAAGCUAGAACGACGCAACAAUGAAGGAAUACGGAGGGGAUUUUCCGGCCAAGAAACUGGCGAGAAAGCUUUUCUUCACUGACCAUGGCUUGAAAUUGCCGGAACGCCCUCAGUGGUCUUCAACUCAGACGCAGCUUCUAUGGCCAAAUUCAUCAUCACAGUCACCGCUGCCGCCGCAGAUGAUUCAGAGUCCUGUUCGGUCUCAAAUACCUACUCCUUCAAGGCGGAAUUUAAUGACAGAAUCUCCUAGAUUAAGGCAGAGAACAAAUGUUGGUACUCCAAUAAAGCAAAGACAAUGUAACUGCAAACAUUCGAAAUGCUUAAAGUUAUAUUGUGAAUGUUUCGCAUCUGGAAACAAUUGUGAGGAUUGUAACUGUGCAAAUUGCCACAACAAUACUGCGCACGAGUCAGCUAGGCGGGAAGCUGUGCAAGCAACAUUAGAACGGAAUCCAAAUGCUUUCAGACCGAAAAUUGUUGGUACUCCAAGUCCACUUGGUGCCAAAUAUAGGGAGGAAAUUGUGGGAAAGCAUCACAAGGGAUGUCAGUGCAAGAAAGGAUGUCUUAAGAAAUACUGUGAGUGUUUUCAAGCAAACAUUCCAUGCUCGGAAAAUUGUAAGUGUUUGGACUGCAAAAACUUGGACGAAGUAAAUGUCUAUACUUCCCAUGGCUAUGGAUCUCCUCCUUUAACCAAGAGGAUAAAAGGGCUUCAACUUCCACAAUUGCAACAGGAAAACGCUAUGAAUUCAUCUUCCCUUCAUCCUUCCUUGUCAAUGAGCCCAUCAAAUUUAACAUACAGGUCUCAGUUAGCAGAUAUAAUUCUACCAGAAGAUUUAAAGAAACUUUGCUCAGCUUUAAUGUUAGAUUCAGCUAAAGCUGCAAACAUACUAGCAGACCAGAAUGAAAUGGAUGAGAAAUCCGACGUAAAGCAAUGUCUCCUCGAACCUUAGCAUUGAUGUGUUAAUGAGAAAGAUAAGGUUUUCAUGGAUGAUUCUUCUUCAAAGUUGCCUCCUGUCUGUGCCGAACAAGAAAGAAUUGUUUUGACAAAGUUUCGAGAUAUUUAGAGAAGAUUAUUGCUUGGGCCAAGACAAGUCUCAUCAUCCUCGAUCUAUGAAACCAUGAUCUUGACGAUCUUUAUUAAUACAACUUUAACAUUUUAAAGAAGAGAUGAGUUAAAAAGGUGCUUCAUAUGUUUCAGUGUUCUUGUAAUCAAAAUUUCUUUGGGAUUUGUCAUAAAUAAGUACAAUUGUAACAUGUUUGAUGACUCAACCCACAACAUCUCAGGUUAUUGUCUAGUGUUUAAGCUAGCUCCUUUCCUUCAUAAACAACACA